AUCUCCCCUCGUGUAAUAUUCAAUGUAAAGUUGCAAAUGGUGUAGCGUGUAGUUUACGAUUUGCGCCAUUGUUAUUGCCGGUUGACAAUAAAUUUGUUUUGUAUCCUUGCCAUCAUGAAAUUAGUACGGUUUUUGAUGAAAUUGAGUCAUGAAACGGUCACGAUAGAAUUAAAAAAUGGAACGCAAGUCCAUGGAACAGUUACAGGUGUAGAUGUUUGUAUGAAUACGCAUUUAAAAGCUGUGAAAAUGACUGUUAAAAAUAAAGAUCCAGUUCAAAUAGACACUUUAAGUAUUCGUGGAAAUAAUAUCCGGUAUUUUAUACUACCAGACAGUUUACCAUUAGAUACAUUAUUAAUAGAUGAUGCUCCUAAAGCUAGACAAAGAAAACGUGAAGGAGGUGCUUUAGGAAGAGGACGUGGUGGUCCAAGAGGUGGACGUGGUGCAAGGGGAGGACGAGGUGGUAGAGGAGGAAGAGGGCGUGGUAGAAGAUAAAUCAUAUAUCAAACUAUGCAUCUGUACAUAUGCACCCAUCAUUUAGAUCACAUCACAUUAAAAUCAUUUUUACAUUGUCAUUCGUUGUACUACAGUAACUGAAGAAUAGGUACUGUAAAUAUUUCAGAAAUAUGAAAGAACAGAUUAUAUAUAACUUUUUAAAUGAUUAUGUAUGAAUGAACAUUACUUCAUCCUAUACAUCAUAUUUUCUUGAGAAAGAGUACUAGAAGAUAAAUGAAUGUUUAGGUCAAAUAAUUAAAAUUGAUGCUUUUGGUGGAAAAAAUGGUCUAAAAACUGUUAUAUCCAUGUAUAUGUUGUACCUAAGUCAAAUGAUCUAAAAAUGAAUUUACUGGCACAGAUUGUUUUGAAGUAGGCUAAUCUAUUCAGCCACCGUACAUAACUACAUAUGCCAUAAGCCAUUUUCACUCUUGUCCAAUAGAAGUAGGUACUUGCAAAUGUGAUUGCUGUAGCACAUCUGGAACUCGAAUAAAUCUACCGCUAGUUUGCAACCUCCAGUGUGUACACCAAAGUUAGAUAGACCAAUCAAUACAUGGCAUUUUGUCAUUGACAGUAGUAAAUUAUCAAGAAUAUAUUGUUUUGAUUUUUGAUAUACCAAUCGAAAAAAAAGAAAUUGAGAUAAAUCGUAUAGAAAUUUGAAGGAAAGAAAAGAUUCUUAAAAAAAAACUUGAAUGUGAAACUUAGUCCCAAUAGGCUUUUCGUUCCCAAUAAGCUUUUCGCUCGGUUACGUAUACGUACUAUAAAUUAACUCUUAAGGAAAUGUAUGUAGGGAACAAAGUAAAAACAUUUGUGUCUUGUAAAUAUUAACAUUUUUAGUAAAUGUCAAUUAACAUGCAUGAAUCAUGCCUUAAUGACAAAGUUGAUGAAACCUUGUAAAUAAAUCAUUGAAACACAUUAUCUGGACUUUUAAACACUUGUGGUGGCUUCCAUAGUUCUAUUAAGAUGUGGAUUUUAUUAAAAAUAUGACCAGGGUCUGUUAUUGAAAUUAAAUGUUGAUGCCAAUUA